AUGGGAAUCUUGACAAUCAUUCAAGUUAAAGACAGACUUCGAAUGGUAACACCACCUACUCCACUCAAAGAACCUCAACCAUCAACAACAUCAGCUCCUACCCCCAAACGUGGAUUAUCAGUCAAAUCAUUGCACCCACGCUCAUUGACUGCCAACAUACCCGAUUCAAUUAAUUUAUCAGCAGCGCAAGAAGAAUUUUUAACCAAUGUGUUUGGUUCAGUUCUUGAUCCAAACAUAACUAGAGGUCAAUAUCCAAGACGUGAUGAUUUAUCAUCAGGUGAUUGGGCUGGUGUCUUUUGUUGUCGUAAUUGUUAUAUUAAACUCUUCAACCGUGGGGAUUGUAAAGCUUGGGAGAAAGUCAUAGUGGGUGAUGAAGGUUUUGUUCAGCUUGAGAAAGCCGGUUCACGUGGUUUUUGGCACAAGAAAUAUUUCAGAUGCAUACACUGCACAAUAGAUAUCUCAUUAUCUCCCUCAGUAAACUUAGGAGGUGAUCUGUGUUGUGAUGAAUGCCUUGAUCGCUCAACGAACAAGUCCGCAACAUCCAUGGUCACUGAUAUCCCAGAUCUUUGCAAUGAACCUAAUAUCAAAAGAACUGUGGAUUCACCCGCUACUAAGGCUUUGAGACCAACAGUUGAAGAAUUAAGAAGUAAGCUACAAAAGGCUGGACUCGAGAAAGGCCCUACACCUUCACCAAAACUCUCAGCUUCACAGUCAAUGAGUUGUGACUCAUCACCUACAACCCACCAGUCCCCUUCCGACCUCGGCCUCCACGGGCACAAUCACCCGUAA